CGUCAUUCAGCAAUACACUGCGUGCGCGGCGCGGAUAGACGCAGCAGCACCGAGCCGCGACCCUCGCAGCGCGCGGAGAGAGACGGGGGCUUCCCUGCGGUACACGCUGCACCUCCCGCUCCGUAGAGACGCCGAAAGCCGCGAGCUGAACCCGAGCCGGAGCUCCGAGUCCCCAUGAUGUCAUCCUACUACCACCCGGGGAAGGAGGCGGAUAUGGCGGCGAUGAGCGAGCCGCUGUGCCUGGAGAGAGAUGUGUGCAGGGUGAUUGAGUUGUUGGACAGGCUGCAAAGGAGUGGUGAGCUGCCGCCUCCUAAAUUGCAGGCUCUGCAGAGAGUCCUCCAGAGCAAGUUCUGCGCUGCUAUCAGAGAGGUGUAUGAACAGCUGUAUGACACCUUGGAUAUUGUGGGUGGGCCUGAGGUCCGUGCUCAGGCCACUGCUAAGGCCACAGUAGCAGCUUUUGCAGCCAGUGAAGGCCACGCCCACCCACGUGUAGUCGAGCUCCCCAAGACAGAUGAAGGUUUGGGAUUUAACAUCAUGGGUGGAAAGGAGCAGAAUUCUCCCAUCUAUAUCUCCAGAGUCAUCCCUGGGGGCGUGGCUGACCGGCAGGGUGGACUGAAGAGGGGCGACCAGCUGCUGUCAGUCAACGGGGUGAGUGUGGAGGGGGAGCACCAUGAGAAAGCUGUGGAGCUUCUGAAGGCCGCCCAGGGUUCAGUGAAGCUGGUGGUCCGCUACACACCUAAAGUCCUGGAGGAGAUGGAGGCCAGGUUUGAGAAGCUGCGUAGUGCCAGGCGGCGCCAGCAACACACCAGCUACUCGUCUUUAGAGUCUCGAGGUUAACCAGCCCACACCUCUGGCUAGCCUGUUGACCACCCCCAUCCUUUGAUCCUCCAAUGGGAAGACAGAAGACUAGCGGGCGUCGAGGAGAAAGGCGUAGACUCGACUUAGAUACGUUAUGUGUUUUAGUGGAACGUUCCCAAAACAGUAGACCUCAAAUAUACUCUUUCCCCCCAUCCAUCUGUUGGGAGAGACUGCAUAGUGAAUUCAGUCUGUCAGAGUGAUUUUUAAAAGCAGAAUCUGUGUGUGUGUGUCUGUGUGUAAAAACACCCUGCUAUUUACUGUUCAGUAAUGUUAGAAAAGAACAUAUAGCAAAGAGCUGAUGUGAAUGCAGCUUAUUCAUGAAUCUGAAGCAUGCCGUUCCAAACCUCCAAGGGCUCUGUGUGACUAAAGCUGCUCUGUGGCUGGAGGGGUUUAUAGUGGGGGAACUGGACUGGGGGCUCGUGGGAGUUAUCAGUUAUUGCUGCUCCCAAACUGCUCCUAGUUUGAUUAUUUGAGUUUUAGACAAUGUGCAUAAACUGUAGUUGUGGAAUUGUGGCUGUUUGUCCUCAUGAAAUAGGUCAUGUUUGAUGAGGAACUUCAGAACGUCCUCAUUUUUGCUGUAUUACAGCUUACAAUACACUUGAACCAGGUAUUCUGUAUUCAGUAUUUAUGGUUGCAUGAUUCAGAUUAGGGCUGAAUGGUAUAAUGUUAUCAAUACAAAUAAACGUUGUAAUGUUUCUGUGAUAAAAACUGUGGAAAAAGGUAAAAAUGUUCCAAAUUUGGCUUAUUGGCACGUCAGCAAAGAAAAGUGUUUGAUUAGUGAGGGAAUUACAUCAAAAGCUCAAUAUUCUGUCACUAAAGAGACAAAAUAUCUUAAGAGCCUAAGAUGUAAGCCAGCUACCAGCUGAUCAUUCCUUUAAGGAACAUCAGUGGUAACCAGCCCUUGUCCUGUUGAUCUACCAUCCUGUGUAGUCUUAGUCCAACCUCUGUCUGCAACAUAUGUAUGAAUGAAUAAAUCAGAUUCAUCUAUACACUUGGUAGUAGAUCUCUGUGAGGAUGGCUGGUUUUCGAUUUGUGUAAGGAUGGUUAGUAGUAGAUCUCCAUGAAAAUGACUCUGGGGGUGGACAUCCAAAAAGAUGACUGGUGGUAGCUCUCUGUAUAAAUAGUGGUAGAUCUUUACGAGAAUGGGUGGUGGUAUAUCAGGGAUUGUGGAUGUCCCUGAGGAUUACUGGUGGUAGAUUUCUGUGAGAAUGGAUGGUGGUAGGUCUCUGAGGUUGGCUGAUGGUAGAUUUUAAUGAGGAUGGCCGGUGGUAGCUCUUUAUGAGAAUGAAUAGCUCUCUGUGAGGAUGUUUGGUAGAAGAUCUUUUUGAGACUGACUAGUGGUUGAUCUCUAUGAAGAGGGCGUAUGAUAGUUAUUGAUUAGGUUUAAUGGUGGUAGAUUCCCCUGAGGUUGGAUAUUGGCAGAUCUCUGUGAGGAUGGCUGGUGGUGGAUGAACGGUGGUGGAUCUUCAUGAGGUUGGAUGUCGGCAGAUCUCUGUCAAGACGACCAGUGGUAAAUCCCUAACGGAUGGCUGGUGGUUGAUCUACAUGUGUAUGGUUGGUGUUAGAUCCCCAUGAGGAUGAUUGGUGUUAGAGCUCUAUGUGAAGAGCUACAAGAAAAUGGUUGGUGUUAUAUCUUUAUUAGGAUGGUUGGUGGUUGAUCAUAUUGAGGAUGGCUGGUGGUAGAUCUUCAUGAGAAAGGGAAAAGGUAGCUCUUAACAAGGAUUGUUGGUGGUAGAUCUCCAUGAGGAUGGCUGGUGUCCUUACUCUUUGUGCAGGCCCAGCUUACGUAUGUUAAGAGAUGUAAUACAGCAAAAUUGUGGCCAAUCCAGAGGACAGCGAUCUGUGAAGACUGGUAUAGAUGAAGACUGGUAUAGAUGAAGUCAUUCCACUUUAUGAAAGACUACAGUAAAGCUGCUGUAGAUGACCACUGCUGAGUAGAAGACCUCUGCCUGACCUCACACUGGUUGAACAUUAGCUUUUACUUGGCACUGUAUGCCCAAAGAUACUGUAUGAAUCCUCAGAAGAAGGAACUCCAUGUGCGAGUCUGUGUGAGACAGUGGGUAAGUGAGAGUGUGUGUGUGCGUGUGUGUGUGUGUGUAAGAGAGAGAGAGAGAGUAAAGUGUUAAUACUGUAAAUGUGUUUGUGCUAGGAUUAUGAAUGUGGCUGUGUCAGCAGGUUGUCGAAUCCUGUGUCAUGGAGCUGUUACAUGUGGCUUUGAGCUGCUGGUCAUGCCUGUUUAGAUAUUCGUAAGCAUUUAUUUAUUUACUCAUUCAUUCCUACAAUAAAGUCUAUGAUGUUAUCUAA